UCUUGUAUGAAUUUUGACUAUUCUUCAGGUGCAGAUGUGAGUUCCUGAUAUCAGUUCUCCUCCGUUGGCACUAACGAAGAAAAGAACCGAUGUCGUUGACGGUGAACUGGACCCGACUCCCGGUGGAACUCAUUGAGAAGAUCUCCGAAUCCCUCACAAUCUAUGCCGAUUACGUUCGAUUCCGAGUUGUGUGUCGCACAUGGCAAACCUCACUGCCUAAAACGCCUAACCACCUCCCUCCUCAGCUUCCAUGGCUCAUGGUUCCCAACGCUAUUCCCGAUCGACCUUGCCAUGUCUUCUUAGACCUUUUGAUCAACAAAUUCUACUUCAUCUACCUCCCAGAAACUUCUUAUCGCAAGCGCCAUUGCGGUUCUUCUCAUGGCUGGCUCAUCAUCAUGGACGAAACCCCGAAUGUUCUCGUAGUGAAUCCCCUCAACCGAGCCAAGCUGAUUGGUAUGCAUGAGUGAAGGGCUUCUAAACCCACAGCUCAUUUGAUGGAGUGAGACUCUGUCCACUUUAUCUGAAGAUUUCAAAAGUAACUUGUAUAUGAUUUAGGGGAUUGAACAUGUAUAUUAUGUGCAUCCAUGCUGAACUGCUAAGCUAUGGAUCUUCAGUUUGUACAUUAUGAGUAAUCAUAGCGAAUCAGGUAUAUUUUCCAUCAAUUAUUAUGGAUUGUUGGAAUUGUGUAAUGAAGCUGUUAAUAACUUAAUAUAUCCUUUAUGUGAACAAUAAUAAAGCAUGGUUGAUCUUUUUCGGCU